GCAUAAUCUGGAAUAUAAACCAGUUUUGUAAUGCACUCGUAAGAUUUAUUUUAAAGUAAACUUAAGCUUUUAAUUUUUAGUUGAACGUCACUUCCUUCCCAGCCAGGAAGCGACGGCUCCAAGUAAACAGGACACGUACUUCGGUGGAGAUCACAUUAGAGAGUAUGAACACUGACUGAUCCACAAUGGAGAAGUUCGGUAUGAGCUUCGGUGGAGGCCCGGGCAAAAAGGAGCUGCUGGAAACCAUCGAAGUGCAGAAGAAACAGCUUGUGAAGUAUCAGACCCGCUUUAAAGAUGUCGUCAGAGCGUACCAAAGCCUACUCAAGGAAAAAGAGGCCUUGGAAGCCAGCCUGAAGGUGCUGAACAUUUCACAGGAGGUCGAUUUAAGUCAGCUUGGUGGAGGUACAGAAAACGCUAGACGACUUUUACCCUCUGACAUUGGAGAUGACCGAUCAUCUCUUCAUAGCGAAGACAGCCUGGAUACAGCGGCCUCUAGCGUGACCAGUAACAGCACUAAAGGAGACCAAAUAGAGGACGACCAAAGCUGUACUGUAGAUGGAGCCACCGCUGGGACUGUCUCAAACGCACUGCCUCAGCAAUCUGAGGAGGCGAGUGGGUCAGAAAGUGGUAUUAGCAGCAGCAGCAGUGGUGGAUGUACAGAGUUGGCACCACCUGCAGUGGACACAGACCGCCGUAUCAUCCAACUAAAGAUGCAGCUGUCCACUCUGACCAGUUCCUUAACCACCGUCACUCAAGAAAAGUCCCGAAUGGAGGCUUCAUUCCAGGCCGACAAGCGCCAGAUGAAGCAGGAGCAGGAGGAGCUGCGGGCCAGGACGGAGGAAGAGAAGAAGCAGCACCAGGUGGAGAUGCAGAGCCUGCAGGAGCAGCUGGCGGAGAGCAAAGCCCGUGUCAUCACCCAGCAGCACGAACGGGAGCAGGAGCAGAGCAAUCAUGCGCUCAUGCUCCGAGAGCUCCAGAAACUCCUGCAGGAGGAGAGAGGGCUGAGACAGGACGCCGAACUCAAACUGGAGGAUUCGCGAGAGACGUUGGCUGAAGCCAUGCAGGCGGCAGACCGAGGGAUGGAUUAUGAAACGCAGCUGAAAGAGAUCACUCAAGAACGGGAGGAGCUGAGGACAAGCCUGAAGGCGGCAGCGGUGGAGAAGAGCAAACCUGAUCCACGUGUCGAGGAGCUCCAGCAAGAGAUCGCAGGGCUCAAAGCUCACUUCAACCUGCAGCUCCAGCAGGAAAUCAGAAAGGUGGCACAAGCAGAGGAGCGUCUCCGAGAACAGGCACAGAUGGAGGAAGGACGAGUUGCCAGCCUCGAGGAGCGAGUGUCUGAGCUCUCCGAACUACUGGGUGCCUGUGAGAAGGCCAGGCAGAAGGACCAACAAAAUGCUCAGAGGCUACGAGAACGUAUUCUCCAACUCGACACUGAGAACAAAACCCUCGCCAUCGCAACAGCCAACAGGUCAAUGACUUCCGAUCUAAACCUCGAUGACGGCAACUUGAACGUGGACGUCUUAAAGGGCAAACUCGAGAAGGUGAAGAAGUUACUCCUCCUGGCUGCGCAAAGAUCUCAAGACCAGAGUCUGGACAUCGAGAGGCUACUGGAAGGAGAAAAGAAGCAGGAAGUCUCGGAGAGCGAGAAGGCUUCAGUGCUUCACUACCAACAAGAGCUCCGGCAGCUUAGAGAGGAGUUUGAGCGCUACAAAAUGAGGGUGCAGGGUGUUCUUAAAAACAAGAACACGAAAGAUGGCAACCAAGCCAAGGAGUUCGAAGAAGCACGUGACCAGCUGGCCGAGCUGAAGGAGAAGUACAUCAACCUUCGUAUCAUUUCAGACGAAGCAGAAGUCCAGCACAGACGGGACCUGGAGGAGCGACAGCAAGCGCUUGUAGCACUCCAGCAGACCCACAAACAGGAAGUCGAGAGGCAGGAGGCUCAACACAGGGAGAACUUCUUGCGGCUUGAGGAAGAGUUGCACAAACAGAGAGAUCGCACCAUGGCUCUUCUUGCAGAAAAAGACCUUGAGCUGGAGCGUCUCCGGGCAGCAACGGUGAUCGGCUUCGGAAGCCAUCAGAAAGAUGCUACAAAUAACAGCACAGCGAUGGAAGGAGGUGACCUAGAGGAAGCCGAUCCAGAGCAAGAAGAAAGUGACAUUAUCACUCAAGCUCUAAAACUAGCCGGGCGCAAUGAGCCGACUCUAUUGUUGUACGCCGAACAGCUGGCGCGCAAGGAGGUGGAAGUGGCCGCCUUGCGCAAACAAAAGCAUCGUUUAGAGGAGGACUUGCAUCAGCUACAAGGAAAGCUGAUUGCUAAUGGGGAGAGGCAUGAAGAAGAGGUCGCUGAGGUACGGUGCCAGCUAGACAAACACAUUCGGGACCAGAGGAGAGACGGGGCCAACCUUGAGUAUCUCAAGAACAUCGUUUAUAGGUUUCUCACGCUCCACGACAUCAGAGGGCGCCAGCAGACACUCACAGCCAUUUUGACCAUUUUGCACUUUAGUCCUCAAGAGAAACAGGCUGUGCUGAAGCAGCAACAACAAAGUUGGUGGACGGCAGGGACGAGGUGAUGCAAAUGAGAUCAGAAGAGUGAAUUUACGGUUCUACUGUGGUGAAAUAAAUAUCCCUUUAUUUUUGUUGACCACUUAUUGUGUGCAGUGCGAGAAGAUACCACAUAUCAGGAGCAACAAUGUGGAUAUGUUUCCGAUAAUGACAUAUAUAUACUCCCGCUAUUGCAUGACAGGAUACUAAACAGUUUAUGAAUGGUUUGAAUCCAGUGUUCGAUCAUGUAACACUGUUGACCAAUACUCCCAAGCUUCCCUUUUUUUUGCGUGCAACAUAAUAUUAGACCUCGACACUGUGUUUUCAGUCUGUAUCAACAGAGUUGGGUGCACCAAACUGUUGUUAUUGAUUUUGUAUAAUAACUGAAGACGUAACGUAACACUUUUGCGUUAAGUUGAAAAGUUAACGUUUACAGAAUGGGUUAUACCAAAGAAAAUGCUCUUAAAAAGCCCCAACAGGCUUUUCAGAGGGAAUCUAGCAAGUAAUGCCUUCACACAGCAGCACUUUUCAUAUAGUGUCAUGAUGAAAAAUAUGUAACUAUUUUACACACAAAACAAAUUCCAGGGUUUUUAAUGGGAAUAUAUCAUCGAUUUAAAAAUAAAUAUGAAAUCGUACAAUUUUUAAACAUUUUGCAGUUUGUAUUUAACUCAAGGUUGUGUGCGCGACUUUAAUGUUAUAGGUUUUUUUUGAUAAAUUUUGGUUGGCUCUAGUUUUCUCUGAUAUUUGAAGGCCACACUGUUAUUCCUAUGUCUAAGCUGAAUAUACAUUAUGCUUUUUUUUGAGAAAGCUAAUUACAGAUCAUUUUCACAGUUGUCUUUGUCAUUUUCAGUCAGUCAAUUAUUGUACAUUUUCAAUCUUGACCAACCAGCAUUUAAUUAUUUUAUUUUAGUGUAAUAUUACAAUAUAUUUUAAAACAUUUAAUCGUCAGUUUAUGAUUUGUAAAAUCCAACACUCCAAGCAACUUUUUAACAAUACAAAUAUUGGUUGGAAUAAUUGUAUGGCAACAAUAAUAAAAAAGGAAACCUAGCAAAUAGUUUUCUCUCUAAUACUUAAUGUUCAGAAAAUGAUAAUUAUUAUUAUAAAAAAUAACAGUAUGUCUACAGUAUGACUUAUUAAAAAGAUAGGUGCUUCUUGCAUCAUUUAAAACAGUGGCUGAAUUGGAGAUAGGAUACUACUCUUUAAUAUUUCUGCCAUUUAAAAAUAUGAAAGAAAUGAGUGUAGUAUGCCUUUCAAUAGUGGUCUUGGAGUUUCCCAACUGCACAUUUUGUGUGUGGCUCCAUUGAUACAUUCAGAUCAGUUUAUGAGCUUUCUACUAAUGGGCAGAUUGCUGGUUUGUUAAAACAUAUUUUAAUAGUACAGUCCCAAACAUAAAAACAUAAUAUGUCUCUUUCAAAUAAACAUUUUAAAAUACUGCAGAAGUGGCAAACUUUAGAGUAAAACUUACAAGCAUUUUCAAAAAUAAAAAUAAAAAUACAAACUACACAUGAAAAAGUAGAACAACCAUUUCCUUUUCAAGUAAGGUUCAGGCUGGACCAAAAAGAAAUAUAUAUACAGACUGAAUAGCUUAUACAUGAUUGUACUGUGUAUUAAUGACACUGAACUCGACAAAUCUGUCUAGUUUUAGAUAUAUCUUAAUCCAGAGUUUGUUAAUCCAACUCUAAAUGAGAUUGAAUCUAAAUUGUAAAAAAAAAAAAACACAUAGAAAA